AAAAAGUAAAAUCACAUGAAAUUUGGCAAUAUAAAUCCGAGUCAAAGGCCGUGUUUUGGACUCAAACACUUGUAGAAAAUUCUUGGUAAAUCGUUGCACAGUACGUAGCCAAAGAAAGUGACACUGAGUCAAUCACAAGUCGGUCAGAUACCUUUUCUGUUGAUGAAUUUGAGAUGGGUUUUCGAUCUUUGAACCUUAAGUUGUCACAUCGGUAAAUCUUUAAUCUUUUUUUCACUGUUACAGCUCCUUUGAUUCAAGAAUCUUGUUCUUUUUCAAGAACCCUAAUUGGGUUUUGAAAAAAAAUAUCCAAUCUUUAGCUGUUAAAUCACUUCAGUUAGCCCUAAUUCGAAAAGGGUUUGGAUUAAACCUAGUUUCUUGGGGUUUACGAGGUGGGUUUGUUGUUUAAUCCCCAAAUUGUUGCUAAAUUGAAUCUGAAAAAUUGGGGGUUUGUGGUUAAAAAUUGAAUCUUGAAUCUUGAUAUUGGGGUUUGAUGAGAUGGAGGAAAAUGCAGCAGCUUUACAUACUGCUAUGAAUUCUGUACAAGCAUUGGGUAAGGGCUUCGAUGUUAAUUUCGAUACAAGGUUGCUGUAUUGUAAAGGGGUAGCAGGGUCUAAGGUUGUGGAGAUUGAUGAAGAACACACAAGGGAUCUUUGGAUUUAUGAUAAUUUGGUUGUGCCGAAUGUGUCGAGAGAUGUAGAGAAUUAUCAGGAUUCGAUUGACCGUGUUAUGUCCGGGGUUUGCAGUUAUCAUGAGAUGGUCGAGUAUUUCAACAAGAGAGCUAACCUAUCAGGAAACGUUCCUCUCGGUAGCUUCAAUGCUGCGUUUAGUUUUACGGGUUCAAAACAUGUAGAUUCCGCAGCAACUAAAACCCUAUGUAUGGAUGGUUAUUUCAUCCCGCUUUCUAAAUUUCAGCUCACAAAACCGUCUUUAGUGUUGCACGAAAGUGUUAAACGAGCAGUUCCCGCAACGUGGGACCCACCAGCCUUAGCAAGCUUUAUCGAGAAUUUUGGCACACAUGUAAUCACAUCGGUUACAAUUGGCGGUAAAGAUGUAAUAUAUGUGAAACAACACCAAUCGUCACCUUUGUCGACCGCUGAAAUAAAAAACUAUGUUCAAGAUAUAGGAAACCAGAGGUUCACCAACCCUGAAAACCUUACCAAUUCCGGUCUUUUGAGACACAAGGAAAAGGGUGGCGAUCCAUCGUUGUUUAGUAGCCAAGGCGUAUAUCCUCAACCCGCAAGUGCACCAUCACUUGGUGGAAAUGCAAAGGAAGAUGUAACGGUUAUUUUUAGAAGAAGGGGAGGAGAUGAUUUAGAGCAAAGCCAUAUUCAAUGGGGUAAAACUAUAAAAUACUCUCCGGAUGUCAUCGCCAUGUCAUUCGUUCCCAUCACUUCUCUUCUAGACGGAUUAUCCGGAAAGGAGCAUUUGACCCGCGCUAUAGAUCUUUACCUUGAAUACAAGCCUCAGAUCGAAGAGCUGAGAUAUUUCCUCGAGUUCCAGGUGGCACGAGUGUGGGCCCCGUUACAAGACCGGCCUGCAGGACAUCAAAGAAAGGAGCCCGUUUGUCCUUCUUUACAAUUUAGCAUGAUGGGCCAAAAGCUUUAUGUUUCUCAAGAUCAGAUAUCGGUGGGACGCAAGCCUGUUACAGGCAUACGAUUAUGCUUAGAAGGUGCAAAACAUAACCGAUUAGCCAUUCAUAUCCAACACCUGCAAUCCCUCCCAAAAAUCCUCCGUCCAUACUGGGACACACACGUAGCCAUUGGCGCACCCAAGUGGCUAGGACCCGAGGAGCAAGACAGCCGGUGGUUCGAGCCCGUUAAGUGGAAAAACUUCUCUCAUGUCAGCACCGCACCAAUCGAGAGCCCUGAAGCCUUUAUCGGAGACUCAUGUGGGGUGCACAUCGUCACUGGGGCCCAGCUUGGUGUCUGGGAUUUCGGGUCAAGAAACGUUCUUUACAUGAAGCUUUUAUAUUCCCGGUUACCCGGUUGCACUGUUCGAAGAUCUUUGUGGGACCACUCUCCGACCGACAAGUCAAAGUGGUCAACUGACAAUGGAAACAGUGUCGGUGAUUCGAGCUCAGGUUCAGGAAGUAAUAAUAAGCUGGUAAAGUUUGUCGAUACGUCGGAGAUGAGUAAGGGGCCCGCGGAUCCGCCGGGUCAUUGGGUGGUUACUGGUGGUAAGCUUGGUGUGGAGAAAAAGAAAAUUGUAUUGAGACUCAAGUAUUCUCUGCUAAACUAUUGAGUGUGGUUAAGUUGGUACCGGGCCGGAUCAUGGUGUAUCGUUUCGGAUUUUUGUUUCUUGGUAGGAGUGUUUUAACUUAUGUAGAAAGUUUCCGAAUAUUUUGCUCUUGGGUCGCGUCGCGUAUUAACGAUGUAUGGACAAUUAUGUAUCGUAUAAAUCGCGUUACAGUCUAGGAUUGUAAAUUGGACAAUUAUUUUUAACAAAAA